CAACAAUGUUAGCUAGAUUUCUCUCAAUGCGCAGAGGAGCACACAUGGAGGAAGAAGACAAACUCGACGAACACUCGCAAGACGAUUCCAAAACCAGAAAACACCUCUCAAUCGCCACACGGAUCACCAGCUACUUCACUCGUACAGAUUACCUCUGCCCUGUCACCAUAGCCGCUAUCAUAAUCCUCAUAAUCACCUCCUAUUUCCUUCAAUCUCGUGAUUUGCUCUGCGUUUCCUCUGUUUCUUCCUUCGAUCGCCUCUCUCGCAGUUGGUUCUUCUGUUUGGAUGGCAUCGAUUCCGAUUUUGGUGCCCUAGGUGUCCCCUGGUAUCUGUGCCGAUUCGGGUUAAGGGGUGGAAGAAGGUGUUGAAAGCAGCAUCGAAGCAGUUUAACAAGACGAUGAAGAAGAAAGAUUCUGCUGUGCAUCUUAAGCUCUCAUCCAAUGGAUUUUCUAAAGUUUCUUAUUGAUUAUUUGUUUAUUCAAAAUAUUCUUGUUCAUUCCGAAGGAGUUCUGACUUGAAAAUCGAAUGGAAAUAAUAUUUUUUUAUUCUUAUGUC